CAAUACAUACCGAUUUAAUAUAAUAAUUAACAAAACAAGAAGGCCAAGAGAAAUUCUGCUUUCCAAUACAGUUAUUGCUCCUUUCUUUUUAUCCUUCUCGGUUGGUUUAAGGUUUAAGAAUCAUAUAUAAAGUGGUGCUAUGUAUGGUUCUUCACCAUAGCCAGCCGAAGGAACAUGUCUCUUUAAUAAUAAUAAUAAGAAGAAGAAGAAGAAGAAGAGGAAAUUAACAAAGAUGAGCAAUAAAGUGGUUGUUGCAGGGGUUUCCAUCAUUCUUGUGGUGGGAGUCGCUAUUGGCGUGGUUACUACAAUUAAUCAUUCUCGUGAUGCUAAGGGUAAAUUGUCUCCUGAAAUGAAGGUUGCGACUAGCAUUUGUUCACCUACUCAUUAUCCAGAUGCUUGUCAUAAGACUUUCGCCUCUAUGAACAGCACUGAUCCUAAAGAAUUCGUUAAAAAGGUUAUCUAUGCUGCUGAAGAAGAAGUCAAAAAGUUCCUCAACUUUUCUGACUCCAAGAUUGCUGAAGCUAAGGACAAUGGCCUCACAAAGAUGGCCUUGAAUGAUUGUAAGGACAUGAUGCAAUAUGCCAUUGAUUCACUUAAGGCAACAUACGCUGACGUAGAUGGAAGUGAUUUGCAUAACAUUGGUGAUCGCAUAAACGAUUUUAGGACCUGGUUGAGCGCUGUUAUCUCAUACCAACAAUCAUGCUUGGAUGGAUUUGAACAUGAUAGCAGCUGGAGAGAAACCAUGGAAGAGGCUAUUGUUGCUUCUAGUGAACAAGCAGCUAAUGCUUUGACAAUUGUGACAAAGUUGAUCGAAAUUCUUACCAAGUUAGGUUCCGAGUUGGCUAGUCCUAACACUCGUAGACUUUUUUCUGUUGAGGAAACAAACUAUCCUUCAUGGUUUUCAACUACAGACCGCAAGCUUAUAGCUAAGAUUGAUAAUAGCAAUUUGAAACCAAAUGCUGUUGUGGCUAAGGAUGGUAGUGGCCAAUUCAAGACCAUUACUGAAGCUUUAGCUGCCGCUCCCAAGAACUCCAUAAACCGACAUAUAAUCUACAUCAAGGCCGGAAUUUAUGAUGAGUACAUCACCGUGGACAAACAAUACACCAACAUCCUUAUGUUCGGUGAUGGUCCAAGAAGAACUAUUGUCGCCGGUCGCAAGGGUGUAAAAGAUGGCGGUGGAAUUACCACCUGGCAAACUGCCACUUUCUCGGCUAUUGGAAGUGGGUUUAUUGCCAAAUCCAUGGGAUUUCAAAACAAUGCUGGUCCUGAAAAGCAUCAGGCAGUGGCACUUCGAAUUCAAUCAGAUAAGUCAGCUUUUUUCAAUUGCAGAAUGGAUGGUUACCAAGACACCUUGUACAAUCACGCAAACCGCCAAUUUUUUCGUAAUUGUGUCAUCUCUGGAACUGUUGACUUUAUCUUUGGCGACUCUCCUACUGUAAUCCAAAACUCGUUGUUAAUUGUGAGGAGGCCAAUGGAAGGUCAAUCUAACAUGGUGACCGCACAGGGUAAGACACGGAUUGAUGAGAAUACCGGUACUGUAAUCCAAAACUGUAGGAUUGUCCCUGAGCAAAAGCUCUUCAUCGACAGAUUUAAGUUCCCGACAUACUUGGGCAGGCCAUGGAAGCCGUACUCUACAACUAUUAUCAUGGAGUCUACGUUAGGAGACUUCAUUAGGCGUGAAGGAUGGAUGCCCUUUGCUACUCAAAAUCACGAAGAUACCCUCUAUUAUGCAGAAUACAAUAAUCGUGGCCCUGGUGCUAACCUCGAUGCAAGAGUUAAUUGGAAGGGUUACCACAAGAUAGACAAAGCAACGGCGAUGAAAUUCACUGUCGAAGCAUUCCUUCAUAGCAAAGAAAAUUGGCUGCCUUUGACUGGCGUUCCGUUCACUGCUGGAUUAAGAUAUUGAAGACAUUGAAAUGAAAAAAUCAUGGCCAUAGAAAGAAGUUUAUGGUGUUAUCUGCUGAAAAUCUAUAAUUUUACUUUCUUAAAUCAUAAUUAAUAAAAAAAAUAGAAGGAAGAGUUGGUCUGUGAUUCCUUUUUACACUAUAA